GUCCCUCAGAGUUGGGAGGAUGGUGGCAAGUUGCAGGGCUGAGUCAGGACAUGGGCUGCCAAGGGGCAACUAAUGUUGGAAAGGAUAAAAAGGAGUGUUUCUCCCUAAUCCCAGCAGGAUUAUUUCCCAGGGCGCUAUUUCCCACUUGGGAAUUGCACGUGGAGGCUCCCCCAGUUCAGCUCUCCAAGGAGUGCAGGACAUCUCGCUGCUCUGUGGGUGCAAACAGAGGUUUGUCUGCCCCUGGCUUCUCAAGAAGGACCAUGGAGAAGGACAGGGAUGGGGGUGAUACCUCCAGACUUUUCCCAUGUCACAUCUCCAGGGAUGUGUGCCUUGGGGACUGUGCUGCAGAGCCCUACUGGAUUCUGCAGGAAUUUGUCUCUGCUUGGCAUCUGUGGGACAGAGAGGAUGGGCCAACCCUCAGUGAUGGUCCAGCAUCUCCAGAGAUGAUCCUGCAUCUUCAUGGAUGGUCCAGCAUCUCCAUCACUGCUUUUCACCCUCUUAGGGAAACAGUGGGGAAUGGGAAGGGAGGAGGCUGCAGUCAGCCCUGGAUCUGGGCUCACACAGGAUGCCCGGCACCUUCACCUCUUCCUUCCUAUUCCCUAUCCAUUCCUAGAUUUUCACACAGAUUGUCUGGUCCCAACCACCAGGAAAAACGGCUGAUUUGCAUUCUCAGAGAAUUUGGAGCCUCCCAAGGCUGCGGGUUAGUUGGGCACCUAAGGAAUGAUAAUCUGGUGAGCAGCUCCACCUGCCUGAGGUUGGGGAAGGACGUCUGGCAAAGGGAAACCAGUUUAGGACCAUCCCCGGUCUGCUGGUGUUACUGGGACAGCCAGGGUAAAUGUUCCAGAGGGCUCUUGUCCCCCCUUAAAUUCCAGGACCAUCACUGCAGGUUUGCACAAGCUGAGGAGCCACAGGAGGUUUUAAACAUCAGGAAAAGGGAAGGAAUGGCUGAAGGAAGGAGAAGGGGCUCCUGCCUGUCAGGUCUUUUCCCAUCAUUUCUGCUUGGUCAAGCACGGCUGCAGAGGGAGCUGAUGAAGUGGGAUGUGACAGGUCAUCACGUGGAUCUGCCAAGCUCUGAGAGCUCUCUCGGGUUUUGGAUUGCAAGGGUUGAGCUUUGGGGAAAGAAAACGGCAUUUAAGGGGAAUGCUGGGAGGGCUCAUCUCCACCAAGACCCUUCCUGGAUGGGCUCUUUGCCCUUUGUGUCCUCCCUCCAUCACAGGAGUGAGGGUUACUGAGCCUGCUGGAGCUCCAAACCAGCAGGAAAGUGAGGGGUUUGCAGGAAUUUGAAGUGGAAACAGGUCCUUCCCGGUUCCUGCAGCAUCCAAACAUUGGUGUCCAUCACCAAGAGGCCCUUUUCCCCCUGCCCCAGAGGAGUGGGACCGAGAAAACACUUGUUUGUGGACAAUCCUGGCUCUUCAUCCUGUGGUGAAUGUUUUUUAGAGGGAGAUGUACAGAUUGGAGGUUCAGCACAUGAAACAUGAAAUUCAAUCUCUCAUUGCAACAUCUGAGAGCUGGUGCCGAAUCCAUGGGGUGUUUUGCUCCUAGAUCCCUAAUUUGGUGAUUUUUGGUAGCAAGAAAGUCCCACCCAAUAUUCCCACCUUCACCUUCCUCCCCAGAGCAAGGAGCAGCAGCAGGACCCCGGGUCAUGAGUGGGGCCUGGCAGAUUCCCACUUAAAUCCUCAGCUUUGUAAUUCCAGGCCAGGAAUUCUCCUGGCAGCCUGUGCCAGCCCCUCUGCUGUGGGCAAGUCUCACCUUUGGGGUCAGAUGACCUCAGUUUGGGGUUAGGAAAGUAUGUCAAGACACAGGGAACAGCUUGAAUACUUGUUCCUGUGUAGUUAUAUGAUAUUUGUAUGCAUAUUAAUAUCAUAUUUAAAUUUAUAUUGGUAUGUAGGUGUUUCCAUUCUGGUUUUUUCUCUACCUGAGUGCAGGAAGAGGAAUAUUCAGUCCAUGCACACCCUUUAUCUCCUUCCUAGGAGUGGUGGCACCAACUGAAGCAGCUCCCUUCUCACCUUUCCAAGGCCCAGUAAAUCCUAUUUUAUUAGAGGUGAAAAUAUGGCUCCAGACUCAGUUUUCAUUGGAACUCAUCCCCUCUCCCUCCCAGCAGCCCAGCCCUGCUGCAGCUGAUGUUCUCCUCGAGCAUCUCUGCACCCACAGCUCGAUGGAGGAGCCUCGACCCCCCUCAGAUCCUGCUGUGUGUGUGUUGAAAUGGGUGAUUUUUAAGAGCAGAGAUGGAACUCGAGCCCUCUCUAUCCCUCUUGGUGCAUUCCUAAAUAAAGCACAGGCGCCACUGUCCUCUUCUGGCAGGAGCUGUCAUACCACAGCCACUUGCCAAGACCUGCAGGGCCCUUUUUUGGGGUGAAUUAGCCAUGUUCCCUCCCUCCCCCCUGCAGAGAACGGGAUGUGGGGACCCCGAUUCCUCAGCAGCACGGUCCUGGAUUUGGGGCUGGAUGCAACCAGUGGAUCCUGGAGACUCUGGGUUGUCCCAAAUCCUGGUGAGAUUUAAAUCAAUGUGUUGUGCUGUAAAAAUCCUCCUGGAUGAAGCUGCUGUAUUUCCAUCCCCCAGACAGGGGCACUGUUGGAUUUAAUGCCUGGUAUUUUGAUCUUUUUUUGAGCUAUUUUGAUCUUUUUUUGUGGUUUACUGUCCACUAAAGCUUCUCCAGAAGGGGCACACUUUCCCUGCAAGGUGAAUUUAAGAUUACUGACUGUAACUUUAAUUUUCUUGGUCAUUUUUUCAGUCACCCGUGGCCGACAAGACCCAGUAACCAAAGAGCAGACAGAGACUGCUGCUUUGGAGACACCAGCAAGCUCUUCUGGCUGUUCCAAGGCUUCAGCUGCUGCAGGAGCAUGAUUUGGAGGCUCAGCUGAAGGAACCUGAACAGGCAGAGCUGCUCCCUCAGGCUGUGGAUGGAAAGAGGAGUGAAGGGAACAAACCUGCACCUCCCUCACCCCGUGUGAGGGAUGUUUUGGCAGCUCAACCCUCUCGUGCCUCAGUUUCCCCACCUAUAAUCUCACUUUGGAAAGGGUUCUGAGACGAUGAAGUGAUGCUGUGCUUGGCCUUGUGGCUCCAUAAAGCAGGAAUGUCCACUUGGGAUGGAUGUUGGCUCAUCCUUGUCUCCUGCACCUCCCAGGAGGAGCUUCCCCUCCCCUGAGCCUGGUUACAGCCACCCCCUUGCCUCCCUCCUGGCUGUCCCCAGCAUGUGCAGAGAGAAGAAAGGACCUAAUUUCCCACUUUCCUCCCCCUCCUCCAUAUUUCCUUGGUUUCCAGGGGCUCCGAAGGGGAAGAAUUUCAUUAUGACCUUGCUUCAGCCUUUUAUUUUCCUUCUGUAUGGUUUUGCUUCCCCCAUUAUCUGAAGAGAAACCAUCUCCCUCUCCUUUCCUUCAGCCCAGAGAACCUGUGGAUGCCUCAUUCCUGGAAGAGUCCAAGGCCAGGUUGCUU